UCUCUCUGCCCCGGCCGGCGCCUUAUAAAGGCAGGUGAGGCGAGCACUGGACCUUGAUCCGUUCCAAUCUCGACCAGCUCGCGAUCGAUCGGGGAGAGCUCGUGCCGCCAUUGCUGUCCUUGAUCAGUCAGCUAGCUGGGAGUGUCGUAGCCGUAGCGAAUGGGGAGGCAGCCGUGCUGCGACAAGGUGGGGCUGAAGAAGGGCCCGUGGACGGCGGAGGAGGACCAGAAGCUCGUCAGCUUCAUCCUCGGCAACGGCCAGUGCUGCUGGCGCGCCGUGCCCAAGCUCGCCGGGCUGCUCCGGUGCGGGAAGAGCUGCCGGCUGCGGUGGACGAACUACCUGCGGCCGGACCUCAAGAGGGGCCUGCUCUCCGACGCCGAGGAGAAGCUCGUCAUCGACCUGCACGCCCAGCUCGGCAACAGGUGGUCGAAGAUUGCGUCACACUUGCCGGGGCGAACGGACAACGAGAUCAAGAACCACUGGAACACCCACAUCAAGAAGAAGCUCAAGAAGAUGGGGAUCGACCCCCUCACGCACAAGCCCCUCCCGCCGCCUCCGCAGCAGCAGGAGCACCAACCGAUUCCACCGCCCGCUGGCGGCUCGCCGGAGGCGCAGCCAUCGCCACCUCCGGAGCGGUGUCCUGCAGAGGAGAAGGCGGUGCCGGUGGCGGCGACGGCGACGGCGACGGCCACAAGUAGUAGCGAGGACGGCGACGGCAGCGAGCUGCUCCUCAGCAAAUCCCCCGGCUUCUGCACCGACGAGGUGCCGAUGAUGCACCCGGACGAGAUCAUGGUGUCCAUGCGCGACCAGCCGCCGCCAUUACCAGCCUCGGCUUGCGUCCCCGCCGCAGCCGCCGCGGUCUCGACGCCGCCGACGUCCUACUCCACCUCGGCGUCGUCGUCCUGCCUGAGCCGCGACGAGGAGUCGCCGUUCGCGUUCAUGGACAUGGACAUGGAGUUGCCGGAGUUCGUGCUCCAGAUGGGGCUAGACGACGUGGACGCGCGGUGGCGCGACUGCAUGCUGCCGCUGCCGCUGCCGCUGUCACCAUCGCCGGUCUUCGAGGACCCCUUCGAUUCUUUCCAGUUCCAGAGGAAUGGCGCUCUCUUCUCUAGUUAUUAGUCAGUUAACCCCACCUAAUAAAUUAAAUUUGCAGUUUCUUACUGUACUGAACAAACACUUAAGCCGCAGGAAGGUAUUUCUGUUAACUGGCACUGGUUUUCUGGUUACUGUCUUGGGUGUUACUGUUCUCACAUCACUGUCCAUACAAAACUUGCUAGUGAUCAAGGAAGCUUUGUUUAGAAUACGUUGACAAAAAGACUAAAGUUCCGGCCUUUACACGGUGCAGAACACACAGCCAGAAAAUUUGUUGUUAGCUAGGGACAAUAAGAAUCAAUAGUAUGUAAGUAUCAUUUCAAAAAAAAAGCUACCUUUUAGUUUUUAUCC